AUAUCAUUUAAAUUUUAUAAAUAUCACCUUGUCUCCCUUGAUUAUCAUACUUGUAAGAUACGUAACUAUACUACAACAAAAUCAACGUCUUAUCAAAUGCUACUGUAGUUUUUUGUUACUCUUCUUUUUUCUUUUAAGACUACAAGUGAAAUUUAAUACAUUAAAAGACCUAUGUCUAACAACAAUGAGGAAACAUCAGCAGAAAAGCAGGAUAGUAACAACAACACGAAUAAUGAGAAGAAGGAGGCUUGGGGCUAUGAUUUGUAUCCAGAACGACGAGGAACGUUUAAACCUAAAAUAACUAACGUGUUGAUAGGUAAAGAGGGAAAAGAGGGUAUUGAAAAAAUCAAGUGUGAAAAAAAUGUGUACAAAUGUAUCAAAGAAAGUCCAAUAGUAAAGGUUAUGUUGGCAGCAUUAAGAAGUUCCGGUUGUCCCGUUGAUAUUCGGCGGCAUAUUUCUUGUGAGGUGUGUGAUUAUUCUGUCAGUGGAGGAUACGACCCGCAAUUAAAUCAGAUUGUGGUUUGUCAAAAUGUGUCAACGAGAAAGGGUAUGGUACAAGGAGUAUUGACUCAUGAGAUGAUUCACAUGUUUGACUAUUGUCGUAAUGAACUGGACUUCAGGAAUAUGGAGCACCUUGCGUGUACUGAAAUCAGAGCCGCUAACCUCACACAUUGCUCAUUUACCAGCGCCUGGUCACAAGGAGAUGCAUCAUUUUUAAAAAUCAAAGAAGCGCAUCAGGAUUGUGUUAAAACAAAAGCAUUGUAUUCAGUUCUUGCUGUACGUCAAAUUGGAAAGGCAGAGGCUGUGGAUAUCAUAGAAAAAGUGUUUCCUAAAUGUUACAAUGACUUAGAACCCAUAGGCAGAAGAAUAAGAAGAAACUCUGAAGAUAUGACAAGGGCUUACAGGGAAGCAUCUUACUAUGGAUAUGAGUAGUACCAAAAUUAUGAAAGGAAAUGAAAAUAGUGUAGAUAUAUAUAGUGUAUAUUGCGAUAAGGAUCAUUGCAAUUAUUUUUGAUGUAGAAUAAAUAAAUAAUAAAAUAAAAUAAUAUUUAUUUAAAA